AUGAUCCAGAGGGGGCCCUGCUUGGCUGGAUACAGUGAAAGGUUCUUUACCGAAGACAAGACACAACAGCAUAUAGACAAUGAUCUACUACCCUUUCAAUGGUGCUGUGUUCAAUCACCUCUUUGUAAUGUCUACUUGGCAAAGAGACCACUAGACCGGUGCCAAGGGUAUAGCUGGAACAGCUCUGACAGCACUAUACCUGGGAACAGGGGAGCACCAGGAAUUGGCAUGGUGUAUGGUAGUCUUCAUUUUAUCACCUUUGAUGGAAGUGAGUAUACCUUUAAAGCCGUGGGGGAGUAUGUUAUACUUCGUCUCUCCUCCAGCACGGGAUCAAACAUCUUCACUCUUCAGGGACAAACAGUUGCUCUAGUGGUCAACGGCUGGCCAAACAGGUACCUGCUCUGGAGUGGUGCAUUUAGAGGAAGAGGCCUUUGCAGUGCGCUGUACCUCCGUGAGUCGCUGUGGAGUUUGUGUAUGGUGAAGGCCUGA